GUUUUUCCUGACUCAUUUGCUGAAGAAGUACUGAAUAGUGCGAUACUAAAAAUAAACACUCGCCUUCCCAAUAUAACCAACAACAACAACAACAACAAGUGAUUACAUUUUAAUUCAACUAAUAAAGAUUACAUCUAAAUACAAAACACAACAAAUCAUAUAAAUCAUGUCUCAAUUGGCUAGCAAGGAAAACAUUACCGACAAUCUGGAAAAAUUUUCGCUUAAGAGUCCCAGUAAAAAGGUGUUGACAGAAAGCGAGCACAAUGCUCGCAAAAUGUCUGUUGCUACGGAUGAGAAGGAGUCUCCGGCUCCAGCUACAGCUGCUCCUGCUGAUGCUGGUGCAUCAAAAUCGAUAAUGGACAAAAAAGUGGCACAUUUCGACCCUUCGCUUGAGCCACUGCUUCGUGAAAAUCCUCGUCGUUUUGUUAUCUUUCCCAUUCAAUAUCAUGACAUUUGGCAGAUGUACAAGAAGGCCGAAGCCUCUUUCUGGACAGUGGAGGAGGUUGAUCUAUCUAAGGACCUUACUGACUGGGCCCGUCUCACCGACAACGAGCGCCACUUUAUCUCCCACGUAUUGGCUUUCUUUGCCGCCUCCGAUGGCAUCGUCAAUGAGAAUCUUGUCGAACGUUUUAGCCAGGAGGUACAGAUUACCGAGGCACGUUGCUUCUAUGGCUUCCAAAUUGCCAUGGAGAACGUGCACUCUGAGAUGUACAGCAUAUUGAUUGACACCUAUAUCCGGGAUCCACAGGAGCGUGAUUACUUGUUUAAUGCCGUUGAGACUAUGCCGGCAGUGAAGCGCAAGGCCGAUUGGGCUUUGUCCUGGAUUUCGUCGAAGGCUGCCAAUUUUGGAGAGCGUAUCAUUGCUUUUGCUGCUGUAGAGGGCAUCUUCUUUAGUGGCAGUUUUGCCUCCAUCUUUUGGUUGAAGAAACGUGGCCUCAUGCCCGGCCUGACAUUCUCCAAUGAAAUGAUAUCACGUGAUGAGGGUUUGCAUUGUGACUUUGCCGUUUUGAUGUUCCAGCACUUGGUUCAGCGUCCGAGUCGGGAACGCAUCAUUGAAAUCAUACGGGAUGCUGUCCAGAUUGAACAGGAGUUCCUCACUGUUGCCUUGCCUGUGAAUCUCAUCGGCAUGAAUUGUGACCUUAUGUCGCAAUAUAUUGAAUUUGUGGCCGAUCGCCUGCUGGUUGAGCUGGGUGUUGGCAAAAUCUACAACACUAAGAAUCCCUUCAGUUUCAUGGAAAUGAUCUCUCUGGAUGGCAAAACUAAUUUCUUUGAAAAGAAAGUUGGCGAAUAUCAGCGCAUGGGAGUGGUCGGCAAUCGCCUGGACAAUGUCUUUACCCUAGAUGCGGAUUUCUAAAUCUACCACUAACGGAAACACUGCCGGUUACGUGUUUCGAGUGGCAAUCACAUACCUUUUAUUAUAUAUUUUCUUAACUAUAUUUUUGUAAUUAGGCUUUAAGUGAAAAAUCAUUGACUCACACUAACCAAAAAAAAAAUCUUUUCUGACGGUCUUUUCUAAUUUUCCAUGCAACACGAAUAGAUUUCGACCCUCUCCAUUAGGCACAAAUUGACUUCCAUAGACACAUUCGGAUUUUAUACUUACUAUUAACAACACAAAUUAUCAUUGUACAUAUGACAUACACUAAAUAAAUUUUAAAUAUACAUUACUUUUAACUUUUA